AUGGACUUUUACGAUUUUUCCAUAAACCAGGCCAUCGAGGCCCUUGACAGCUUGGUCGUGAUUCUCAAAAAGGCCGAGACGGCACCCAACUCGGCCUCGUUCCUCCAGGCCCGCAUCCACGAGGACAUGCUUCCUCUCUCGUUCCAAGUCUACUUCAUCACCAGCCGCAGCAUCAUGCUCGGAAGCCGCCUCGUCGGCGAGGAGCCGCCCAAGACCGAGGAUGACUUGAAGAGCUUUGCCGAAUUUUACGCGCGCAUCGCCGAGGCCCGCGCCGCGCUCGCAAAGCUCGACAGGGAGACAAUCAACAGCCGCGCGAAUGUACCCCUCACUUUUGGUCUCGGCCCCGGCAAGCCUGCCCAUGCCAACGGCAUCAUUUACUGCACCGGCUACGCCAUCCCCAACAUUUACUUUCACCUGACCACAAUCUACAAUAUUUUGCGCAAGGAGGGCGUUCCCCUGGGCAAGGUAGAUUUUCUCCGCGUUUUUCUCGGCAAGCACAUUGAUUAUUAA